UGGCGCGGCGGCAGCAGUGGUGCCGGGGCCGGCGUGACUGCCCCUCAAUGGCGUCCUUCCAGCGGCAGAAGGCGCAGCGGCUGGCGCGGGCGGACGCCAGCAGGAAGGGCGCGGUGGACGAAGGUGCCGCCGCUGUCGUGCAGCUGCUGAACGAGCGGGCCCGCUUCUGCACCACCAGCUCCUGCUCGGGCCGCCUCGUCCUGGUGCAAAGCAGCGCCGCGGACACGAACAGCUGUGAGAUCCAGAAGAAAGACUGCAGGUGGCUCAUGGUGACACAUGAAACGUGUGCCAAAGACGACGUGCUGGCAGCUCUAGAGAAAUCCACCGGUGACGUGGUGCUCAAGUUUGAGCCGUUUGUCCUCCACGUGCUGUGUCAAGAGCUGCAGGACGCCCAGCUCCUGCACUCCGUGGCAAUCAAUUCUGGGUUCAGGAACUCUGGCAUUACAGUUGGCAGAGGAGGAAAAGUUAUGAUGGCUGUCCGGAGCACUCAUUGCUUGGAAGUUCCACUGACCCACCAGGGGAAAUUGCUGGUCUCUGAAGAAUACAUUGAAUUUCUGGUGCACAUAGCUAAUGGGAAGAUGGAAGAAAACACAAGGAGGAUUGACAGGUUCUACAAAGGCUUAGAGUUGGCUCUGGCAGCCGGCACCAGCGUCAGCAGCUCUGCUGAAGGGAGGGAGAAGAGUCACUCCGUGUACCUUCACAGGAGGAAGAGGAGGACCAGCCAAGAACAAGAUGUCCACACCCCUCCAGAGGACCACAGUGAAGACUCAGGGCCUGAGGAGGACACAGAAAACAGUUUUGAUAUUUUUGCUGAAGUCCUGACAUAGACUAAGUCACCUGAAAGCAAAAUCUGGUGAUAACUACAGUGCUCUUUGGAAGAGACACACAUGCUGCUCUGUGCUAGGGAGCAGCACUCUCAGGGACAGCUACCAGGAAAAGGGGAAUUAAACAGAGCUGUGAACAGGUUUAGCAUCAGAAGCACAGAGAGCAAAGCCUCAGAAUGUUGUGAGGGUUUUUUAACAGCACUAGUGAAUUAACAAUCUUUUACUCUGCCACUUACCACAGCCUGGUUUGGCCCAGCCUUUGGCCACAUUCCCUGUGGAAGUGUCACUUCCAGCUCUGGGUUUAACCCUUCUGAUUUCUGCUGGAAGGGCUCUUACUCCUGAGGGCUCUUAAUCCCUGCAGGACCUCUGCAAAGCAGCAUGCACCACUCCAGCUGUCCCUCUCAGAAAACACAGAGCCAAACAUUGGUCAGCUGAGAGGUUGGAGGCUGGAAUGGAAAAGCAGCAGCUCCUACUGCUCUCUGCUGGCUUCACCUGGGGGCCUCCAGGACCCUUCCAGCCUGUGCCAGGCAACAGCACUGGUGCUGUUCUCCUGCCCCUCACUGCUCCUGGCUCCAGUCCCACUGUGCUCAGUGUCUGCUUCCCUCAGCAAGCAUCCAUUCAGUAUUGCUCAGCCAGCUCUGGUCUGAUGGUUCCUUAGCUCACUCACACAUUGUUCUGUGUGGGACCCAGCCUUGGUCCCAGCAGUGGGGCAGAAAGUCAACCCCAGUGUACAGUGAGGGGCUUCCUCACCAGCCUCUGAACCACUGACAUGCAAUAAAAACAUAA